AUGAACGGGAAAACAAAUGGAAAUAUCCAAUCGGAUGAGUUAUCCGAUCAAUUCUAUCUAUCAUAUUCUAUCUAUCUAUCUAUCUAUCGAUUGAAAUUCUUUAUUUCAACAUGUAUCAUAAUUUUUUUCCGCCUUUCUUUCUUUCGAUCUAUCCUUAUUUUUCUUUCUUUUUCUUUCUUUCUUUCUUUCUUUCUUUCUUUCUUUCUUUCUUUCUUUCUCUUUCUCCAACAUGUAUUUCGUCUAAUUUUUUUCCGUUUCUUUUCUUUCUCCAAUCAUUUCUUUCUUCCUUUCUUUCUUUCUUUCUUUUCUUUCUUUCUUUCUUUCUUUCUUUCUUUCUUUUCCAAAGAAUUUCGUUUAUCAUUACUCUCCUUUUAUCAUAAUCUCCUAUUCUUUCUUUCUUUCUUUCUUUCUUUCUUUCUUUCUUUCUUUCUCUUUCAAUCAGAAUUUCAUUUAUCCCUCCAUAUCAGUUUCUUUCUUUCUUCUUUCUUUUUCUUUCUUUCUUUCUUUAAAAGAAUGCAUUUAUCAGUCCUUAUUGUUUGUUUGUUUGUUUGUUUGUUUCUUUCUUUCUCCAAUCAGGUUUUCGAUAUCUCCCUCGCUAUCAAUUUCUUUUCUUUUUUCUUUCCAAUCAGAAUGCAUUUAUCAUUUAAUCCUUAUUCUUUCUUUCUUUCUUUCUUUCUUUUUCUUUCUUUCUUUCUUUCUUUUAUCAUUACUUUUUCUUUCUUUCUUUCUUUCUUUCUUUCUUUCUUUCUUUUUUCUCCAAUUUUCUUUCUUUCUUUCUUUCUUUCCCCCUAUAAAAAAACUUUCUUUCUUUCUUUCUUUCUUUCUUUCUUUCUUUCUUUCUCCAAUCAGGUAUUUCGAUAUCUCCCUCCAUAUCAGUUUCUUUCUUUCUUUCUUUCUUUCUUUCUUUCUUUCUUUCUUUCUUUCUUUCUUUCUUUAAAAGAAUGCAUUUAUCAUUACUCUCCUAUAAUCCUUAUUCUUUCUUUCUUUCUUUCUUUCUUUGUUUCAAAUCAGGUAAUUUCAUAUCUUCCUCCAUAUCAGUUUCUUUUUCUUUCUUUCUUUCUUUUCUUUCUUUCUUUAAAAGAAUGCAUUUUAUCAUUACUCUCCUAUAAUAUUCUUUCUUUUUCUUUCUUUCUUUCUUUCUUUCUUUUCUUUCUUUCUUUCUUUCUCCAAUCAGUUCCUUUCUUUCUUUCUUUCUUUCUUUCUUUAAAAGAAUGCAUUUAUCAUUACUCUCCUAUAAUCCUUAUUCUUUCUUUCUUUCUUUCUUUCUUUCUUUCUUUCUUUCUUUCUUUCUCCAAUCAGAAUAUCUCCUCCAUAUCAGUUUCUUUCUUUCUUUCUUUCUUUCUUUCUUUCUUUCUUUCUUUCUUUCUUUCUUUAAAAAUGUUUAAUUUAAUCCUUAUUGUUUGUUUGUUUGUUUGUUUGUUUCUUUCUUUCUUUUUCCAAUCAGGUUUUUCGAUAUCUCCCUCGCUAUCAAUUUCUUUCUUUCUUUCUUUCUUUCUUUCUUUCUUUCUUUCUUUCUUUCUCCCCCCCCAAAAAAAAAAACAGCCAGAAAAUGAAUGUUCAAUACCUGCAGCCUAA